GCAAGUGCUUUCUACCACCCAGAUCCUCUGUAUUACUUUAAAAACAAUUCUUGCACAAGCUAUUGCCCACCAAAGAAAUAAGGAACAACCUAAUGGUGAAAAAAUAUCAUGCCCCAGAAAAUUGCCCCACCCCUCAAAAAAUAAUGGUCCGCCCUUAUAUCGCGGGGCCGGGGCUUUUAUUUUGCGAGCACAUCAUUGAAGCAAACAGUGUCGAGUUGAACCGGGACUGCUGGCCUGUUGACUACUCCUCAUCCGCACCAGUAAUAACUAGCAAUCACUGUGUCACUACGUACUAGGUACGAGCAGUGCUAAAUUUUAGAGAACCUUGAUGGAAAACUAAGAGUUUCCCCACUCUACCCCGUUGAGGCAAACAUCCCGCUGGGGAGAGGGGUGCGUGUCUUCUUCAUGGACAUGUUAAUUCAUUCAACCGUUGUUGAAUGGGUGACAUGACAUGACAAGCUGAAAAGAAAAGAACACGAAAUUUUCUAUGCAUGAUUGCUCAUCUGUUUGUCUCAGUCGGAUGCGCAAGGUUUUCUCAGCAUUUGUGGUUAUUUUUCCACAAAUGCACGGUACCCCGGCGAGAAAUUACUGCAAACUGUCCCGUGGCGCCAAGUGAAGGAAUUUUAAUCCUCAAGGGGUGUUUUGUUUCAAAUACGCGCUUGCAGUCCGUGCAACAACAGCAAGCUUGUCUCGCCAUGGAAAAUUUGUCGACGACCUGUGAGUGAACAGUUGUUCUGCAGAGAAGGAGAAUAUUUUCCUCUGUUGGGGAAAAUGAGAAAUCCUUCAAGUAGCCACCGCGAUGCCCCGGUCACCGUUAGCUUUCCCGUCCCAAAGAAAGCGGCGAGCAAACUUCGCACUUUGGCGAUUUCCAAGGAUCGACGACUGUUGGAUCUCGGAGUACUUGCUGUGCAGAUCAAUGAGGGUGAGAGUAUUGUGCUUGGAAUAAAACUAGGAAGGCAAAGAUUUAAGAAAACGGAAGUCGAUUCUGAUAAAGUGAGGGGAAGUUCUUCUGCUGGACGAGUCGCAAAGAGGCAUUCAUCGUGUCGGAAUGCAGCCACCAUUCACCACUUGCCGGCGGCAUCCACGCAAGCACAUAGGCUGCCCGCGGUGAAAAAUGCACCUUUCUCCUCGGAAAAUGUGGAGGAGAAUUCAAGGAAAAGAGCAGUCCAACCGGAUGGGGAUGCUGUGAGCGAUGAAUUAUUCAGUGUUUUGUGCUCGAGACGAACAGCCAACAAACCUUCGAAUGAUAGUAAACUUCGUGUAUCGGGUUACACAGAUGCUAGUGUUCUGUCAGGGAACACGGGGGAACAGUCAACCUCCUCAGGUAGCUUACCCAAGAAAUCAAAGGCCAAAAAGCCGCAUAGCAGUGGCAGUUUUGUUACUGAACGAAGCCUUGUUGGUACGGAACAAAAUAUGCAAACGUCAACACCAUUUGCGGUUCGUACAAGCGCACAGACACCUCCAAUCGUAACUCCUAAAGCUGCAAGAUUGGUCAGUGGUCAAAAUGACAGCAGUUUGCCGGCCGCUCGUCGGUUAUCAUCCCCUACCAGCCAGAGAGCUUACAGUGCAAGUCCUUGCUCAGACACAACUAGUACUAGCUCUGAGGAGAUUUUAGAUGUUCAACAGCUGAUCUACAAUUGUUUUGUGGAUACAAGCAAAUAUAGUGCUGCAGACAUGUUAAAACAGCUGGCUGAAGCUCAUGAACGCAAGAAAGAGACCACAAAUGUUACUACUGCGAUGAACAUCAGCGCACUGCCUCGUGCAGUGAAAACUACUGCCGUGACUGCAAAGCCUGUCCCUAGCAGCAACUCCCUUUUGGAGCUGCCAAAGAUUUUGGUUAACAGCCAGGCGAACAGCAAGAGACCGGCAGUUCCUGGAAGUUACCGCGAACAUGUUAAGAACAUUCGCUGUAAUUCACUUACAUCACUCACAACCACUACAUCAACAGUUAAUUCUACCUUGAAAGCACACGCCAAUGCCACUGAACCACUGACACUUGGUGUUCAGAACUGCAGCAACAAUGUUGAAAAAUCAUUGGCCUUUGGAGACAUGAAACCAAUGAUGCAUAUCUCCCAAUCCAAGCCAAGUACAGACGCACAGUCAAAGAACAUAGCGACAGGCUCUAAUCAGGCGGCCUCCUAUCAUAGAGGUCGCAAAGUCUUGUGGUCAAGUGCGAAUAUAUUCCCGAAUAGAAGUAAAUUGUCUCCCAAUCUCAUAAUCAACAAAUUAUCUGUAAGCUUUCCUCAAGUGAGUUCUACAAGCCGGGAAAGUGUUACUUCACUCUCACAAGUUCAGGAGACUGUCACAUCACCCAGUAUCAUGAAAAAUGAUACAGCCAUUUGUGACAAAGGAGGCAAGUCAAUUUCAAGUGACAUUCAUGUCAGUGUCCUAGCAUCUAACAAACUGUCUGGACAAGAAUUGGUAGAUGAAUGCCGGAUGAUGCCAAGCGAUGCGAAGACUGUGAUAAGGAAGACGUCAUCACUGUCGUUUGAUUCCUUAGAAGCAGUAACUGUGUCUGAUACUGGCGGUUCCCAGGGUACAGUAUCUGCUAGCUCACCAAGUCUUCCUGGUGUCACCAGCAUUGCCCAAACAGAAAGCCAAGCAUCAAAACAAUUUGUGCAGAAUCUUACCCUGGCGAGAUCCACCUUAGCACCAGCUACUGUUGUUUUGGCUGGAACCAACACCCAGACAACCUGGUCCAAUCAACAGGUUUCUCCUACGUAUUUUGUUGGUGCCCAGGGGCAAUAUGGCAUCUAUCCCACACUGUAUAGUGCCACAGAUGUUAACAACAGCCAGCUUGGACAACAAGCUAUGACUGCAGCCUAUCCAUUGAAUUAUGUUUAUCCCAUUAGCUUUGUUUACCCUUACCUCUCAAUGGCACAAACUAGCAGUUUAAAAAAUGCCAGCACUGAGAAAGGUCAACAGAAGAAAGAGGAAGAGGAGGUGAAAUCAGAUGUAUGUGGUGGGGAUGAAGCUUCUAUGGUGUAUGAAGGAAAGACAGAACCUGGAACAACCUCUCAGACAGCUAGUGGAAACACAGUGAGUGUGGAAUCAAACACCACCAGCACCACACCUGUACAGACACAAUUCAUUGAUCUGGCCAGCUCCAUGAGAUAUUGGCAGCAACUAAAUUUGCUGUACAGAACUAGAUGGCAGCCAUUAGCUUCUUGUAAUCUCUCAAAUGUUGCUGCAGUGACUUCCGAUCCACAAGUCAAUUUAGCAACCACAGCGUCGUCAACUGCAGAUCACAGUUCCAGUACAGUUACUAAUGGUGAGACAACUGCAGUGAACUCUUAUUCCGAGGAACAAUCACUUUCCAAGCUGGAAAUCUUGCAAUCAAAUCCCUCAAAAGAUUCUUGUGCUAGAAAUGACAAGUCAGCCAAUGACCCCUGUGCAGAAAAGCCACGUACUGAAAGUUUUCAGAGGGUAAAACCUGAAAUCUCUGAAGAAAAUUAUUCAAAAGACCCUUCUAGUGACAGACCUUCUGUUAUUGUGACAGCUGCUUGUAAUGAUGGAAUGGCUGAUCAUGAAUUGCCUAAAAGCUCAGGAUUGGAUAUCAAAAUGGAAUUUAAACAGAGAGAGUUUGAUGACCAAGCACUUCAAAAACUCAAAGAAAGAAGAGCAGUUUUGAGCUCAGUUUCCUAUGAGACUUGUCCGACUUCAGAAGACGACAUUUGUUCACCCAGACUAGACUGUAAUGAACUGAGAAACAUGACCGCAGACAGUCUCAGAAAAAGAAGUUUCUGUGGUUCAGCUCCAAAGUUGAGUUUUAUUCACGACAGUUCUAUUGCACGUGUGAACAUUGGCAAUAGCAACGGCAAUGGUCUUCAUUACACAAACCAUACAGAGAAUCAUCCUGGAGUGAGAAGAACAUCCGUGGGAACACAACUAGAUGGAACAAUUCGUCCUGCCAAGAGGAAAAAAACCAAGAGGUCCUUAUGACGAACCUGUCUUUCAGUGAUUCAUGUACUGUUUUUAGCAAGCUCCCUUAAGGAGGUACUUUCAUAUAAAAAGGACAGGGCUGCUCAUGACACCUUUUAGGAG